AUGAAUUCACAACCACUUUUUGAUCCCGCCAACAUGAUCGGCCUAGGUGCCCCUCACGGAAGACCACAAGAAAAUUUUGACAUCUUCGAGUGGUAUCCUCGUUAUCAGAGCUGCCAAAAAUACUUCCUGGAUCAUGCCCAACACAGCAUCCCCGUACAAGCGCUUUCUUCAUUCUUGAAUAUCCGACUCCCAUUUCAGCGACAAUCCCAUCCAACCUCCAAUUCAAAUCCAGCGCCAUUUGCAGAAGGCCAAGCACCCGGCCCACCCUCCGUCACAUUAAUUCCAUACAUUCGUCGCCUAGUCGCUACUGGAAUGGAUUUUCCGGGUGUUCUUCAUGGCUUCUUCGGUGAUGACUGGAGCUCUGGAAUCGGUCCCAUUCACGAGCAAGAAAGGCGCAACUAUCUAUUCGCCGCAAAGAGCGGCGGUUGGGCUUCUGUGAAGAAAGACUACGACAUGUCACCAUUGGAGACUAUCCCAUUUCUGCGCCCGCUACAAGGACCGUUGGAUGCAGAGAUCGAAGGUGCUGAGCGCAGUUGGAGCGAAUGGCUUGCUAUGGAAGAUUGGAUGGUUGGACCUCGCGCACCAGAUAUUCUACAGGACUCAUCCUCACAAAACUCGCAACCUCGAAAUGCCCUCUGA